AUGGGUUUCGGAGCCAUGGGGAAGAUGCUUUGCCUACUUUUGUCGCUCUUUGGCCAACUGGUCUUUGCCCUCCAGUACGACCCCGAAUUGACCGAGUAUAACAUCAACGAGAACAAAACUGCAAGGCAGGUACUUGAUUACUCGAGCAAGUGGCCCGGGCACACAUAUAGCCCAUCACCUUCGAAUUGGAGGUUCCCAUUCUACACGCUCUUCCUCGAUCGAUUUGCCGACGGCGAUCCUGAGAACAAUGAUAUAAAUGGCACUGUGUUUGAGACCGAUACAUUCUCGAACCAGUACCGGUUUGGAGGUGAUCUGGCCGGACUGGAGGACAAUCUGGACUAUAUACAAGGCAUUGGGGUCAAGGGGGUCUAUAUCGCCGGAACUCCAUUCAUAAACUUCCCCUGGAAGUCGGACAGCUACUCGCCUCUCGACUUCAGCCUACUGGACAAACACUAUGGCACAAUCAAACAGUGGAGAUCUGCAAUCGAUGAAAUUCAUCGACGAGGGAUGUACGUGAUGAUCGACAGCACCUAUGGCACUAUGGCAGAUUUGCUCGGAUUCGAAGGCUUUCUCAACAGCAGCGCCCCUCUGAGCCCCCUCGAAUACAAGACGGUCUGGAAAGGAGACGAGAGAUAUUUCGAUUUUGCCCCCAGUGAUCAAUACAAGCAGGAAUGCAAGUAUCCCACAUUUUACGGCGAACUCGGAUAUCCCGUCUCAAACACCUCCGAUGACCUCCUCGCACAGUUGAAGGGCUGCUAUGACAGUGAAUUUGAUCAGUACGGCGCCAUCGACUCCGUGAGUCUCACGCCCGACUGGCAGAAGUCUUUGGCCAAAGCAGGCUUGGUACAAGAUCGGUUGCGAGAAUGGAUCCCAUCUGUCAGGGAGAAGAUAGAGCAUUUCACCUGCAUGUUAAUGACCUCCCUGGACAUUGAUGCGCUUCGCUUCGAUAAAGCGGGACAGAUCACAGUGGAUGCUUUUGUGAGCAGCUCUCAAGCCAUUCGUGAAUGUGCGGCUAGCCUGGGCAAGAACAACUUCUUCAUAGGGGGCGAGUUGACGGCAAGCAACUCAUACGCGUCGAUCUUCCUGGGUCGCGGGCGUGAGCCAGAUAUGAGACCGCAGAAUCAAACCGAGGCGGUUUCUCUCACCAACAUUUCGAGUGAUCGGUAUUUUCUCCGAGAGCCCGAUAAACACGGCGCAGAUGCAGCGGUCUUUCACUACAGCAUUUAUCGUGCUCUGACCAGAUUCCUGGGGAUGGAUGGCAACUUCACAGCACCGGGUGAUCUAAGUGUCAACUUUGUCGAUGCCUGGAACGACAUUCUGAUCACGAACGACCUUACCAACGCGAACACUGGGAAGUUUGACCCAAGGCAUAUGAUGGGAACCUCUAACCAGGAUACAUUCCGCUGGUCUUCUCUCAAACAAGGCACGGAGAAGAUGCUGCUCGGGCAGUUCAUCACUUCAAUUCAUAUGCCUGGGAUCCCAGUUUUGUUAUGGGGCGAGGAGCAAGCACUCUAUGUUCUUGACAGCACCAGUCCUCUUGGCAUAUUUGGCCGACAGCCAAUGACUUCAGCACCCUCUUGGCAGAUGCAGGGAUGUUACGGACUGGGCUCGAGCCAAUACAAUGAGUUCCCCGUUGAGGCGGCGUUGAUUGGCUGCGAGGAUGACGAGGUCAGCAUGGAUCACCGUGACCCCACACAUCCCGUCCGCAAUAUCAUCAAGGCAUUCUACUAUCUUCGUGAGAAGUUCCCUUCGCUCAAGGAUGGAUACUAUCUUCAAAGCUUAUCCAAAAAGAUCCACAAUGUCAAUCUCCCAGGGUCUGGUGGCACCGACACCGAAUUGGGAAUAUGGAGUGUUCUUCGCGACAACUACCCCGAAGUGAAUGAACUCAACGCGACCAAACAGUCUGCAGUUUGGUUGGUCUACCACAAUGAGAACAGCUCGGUCACGUACGAUUUUGACUGCACAUCACCCGUGAAGAGUUUACUCGCACCUUUUGAAGAAGGAACUCAAGUCAGAAAUUUGCUGGCACCUUUCGACGAGCUUACGUUGGAGUCGAGUCAGGUCAAGCUAGGGAUUCAUGGCUCACAGGACACCAAUGGCUGCUUAAAGCGAGCCACGCUAAAGCCAUUUGAGUUCCGCGCCUAUGUGCCAAAAGCACAAUGGGUUCCUCCUCCUGUGGUUAUGACCAAGUUUGUUCCCGGUCAUGACGCGAGGGUCGAGUCAAACACCACCGCCACAGAAGAGCAGAGUGUGGAAAUCGAGCUGCGAUUCUCGGAGAAACUUGACUGCGACACGGUCACCAAAAGUCUGGCCAUAUCGUCGACAACGCAAAGUGGGACUGCAGUGAACUUGAAUGCAGAAAACGUGUCUUGUGAGAUGGUUGAAGCCGAAAAGCUAAAAUACACUGGCCAAAUUCCAACCGCAUGGUCCUGGAAAGCGACACUUGACAACGUCACACAUGGAAUCCAUGUCCUGGCAGUCAAGAAUGCUUCGACGGCGACAAAAUCUCGUUUCACAAACUCCGUUGAUCGUUUGGUGUUUCGCAUCGGGCGCAAAGACAAUCCCAUGGUAUUCCCGAUGCUAGCAAACUAUACUGACACCGGACUCACCAAGUUCUCCGAGAAAGACGGCUUUUUGGUGAACCAUAAAGCUCCUGGUGCAGAUAAAUGGCGAUACACGACGAAUUGGGGGAGUUCCUGGAGCACCUGGAGAGCGUACACCGGGGGCUCAACUCAGAUUAGCAAUCUUCCUUGGUCUGGUGCCAAGAAGCAGGAAUGGGACGGAGAUCAUGUUAUUCUGCAGUACUGGAGCAAAGCGGCUGGAAGUGGACAACACAUUCAACACAUGGACACUCGAAAACCUGGCAAGGCUCAAAGACGAUUCCCUCACCUGUUUGCCUUUGGUGACUUCAAUGGCUUUGGCAAGGACACCGGGCUCAGAAACGCCUUCUCCAAUGACCGCCAGGGUACUUGGAAGUUUCACCUAUCAGCCGAGUGGCCAUCUACAUUCCAAGUGAAUGUAUGGGGAGUCAAUCCUGACAAAGAAAUUGAUCGCACCUUCGUAUUCGGCGACACCCUCAACAGCAGUCGAUUAAAUCGCUUGCAACCUGACUCGCUCUCGGUCGCUGACAACGUGGUCAACUUCUCCCAGUUCCCACCGGCACCUUACAUGGCCUACCGAAUGGAACUGAAUGAUGGAAACAUGCGCUUCGAGCUCGUUCCGGUCGGUCUGCGCUUCCACCAGCAAGUACUGUACAUAUUGCUGUGGACAAUUCCAAUAACAUCCGCCGGAAUCAGUGUUUGGAUUUACAUGGGGGCAUUUUACCACAUCAGUUUCAACCGCACUGGUGUCAGUCUUCCACUCCAUUUCCUCCCUGCCUUUCUGCGGCCACGUCAAGGUUUUGAAAAGAUUGACGGUGAAGACAACAUUGGGAAUCCCAUGACAGAAAUGGCACUUGCAAACACUGCGGGCGUGCUACCUUUGGCUGUCGCUGGCGUGGCAAAGAAAAAGCGGACCGUGUUGUUGGCAACCAUGGAGUAUGACAUUGAAGACUGGAAGAUCAAAAUCAAGAUUGGUGGACUCGGUGUCAUGGCCCAGUUAAUGGGCAACAACCUUCCCCAUCAUGACUUGAUCUGGGUUGUACCAUGUGUCGGAGGGGUUGACUAUCCCAUUGACACCCUUGGAGAGCCAAUGACCGUUACGAUCGUUGACACUGUCUACGAAGUCCAAGUCCAGUAUCACAGGUUGCGAAAUAUCACUUACGUGCUCCUCGAUGCCCCCAUCUUCCGUCAGCAAACAAAGUCGGAUCCUUAUCCUCCUCGGAUGGACGAUCUCGAGAGUGCGAUCUACUACAGUGCCUGGAACAGCUGUAUAGCUGAGACAAUCAAGCGCUUCUCGGGAACAAUAGACAUUUAUCACAUCAACGACUAUCAUGGUGCAGUGGCACCGCUUUACCUACUUCCGGAGACAAUUCCCUGCUGCCUAUCACUGCACAAUGCUGAAUUCCAGGGCUUGUGGCCAUUACGCGACGACAAAGAGAUGGAAGAGAUAAGCAAAGUGUUCAAUCUUGAUGUCGCUAUUAUCCGCAAAUACGUCCAAUUCGGAGAGGUUUUCAAUCUGCUACACGCUGGAGCCAGCUAUCUCCGGAUUCACCAACAUGGCUUCGGUGCCGUUGGUGUUUCCAACAAAUAUGGCGAUCGCUCGUAUGCGAGAUACCCUAUCUUCUGGGGCUUGAAGGAAAUUGGAAAGCUCCCUAAUCCAGACCCAUCCGACACAGAGCCAUGGGACCCUGAGGCGGAAGCACGCCAGGUCAUUGAAGUUGAUCAGGCCUAUGAAGAUUCUCGUGGCGAGGACCGCCGUCAAGCGCAGAAGUGGGCAGGGCUUGAAAUCGAUCCCACUGCCGAGUUGUUCGUCUUUGUCGGUCGGUGGUCAGUCCAAAAGGGCGUGGACCUUAUCGCAGAUGUCUUCCCCGCGAUUUUGGAGCGACAUUCCAACGUCCAGUUGAUUUGCAUCGGUCCCGUCAUUGACAUGUACGGCAAGUUCGCUGCUUUGAAAUUGCAGGAGAUGAUGACCGUUUACCCUCAGCGGGUGUUCUCAAAGCCCGAAUUUACUGCUCUGCCUCCCUUCAUAUUUACUGGAGCUGAAUUUGCACUAAUCCCCUCACGCGACGAACCGUUCGGCUUGGUCGCAGUGGAGUUCGGCCGGAAAGGUGCCCUCGGCGUUGGGGCUUUGGUCGGUGGACUUGGACAGAUGCCCGGCUGGUGGUUCCCGGUCGAGUCCAUGACAGUUAAGCAUCUCCAAAAGCAGUUCAAAUCAGCAAUUGAAAGUGCGAUAGCAUCAAAGCAGAAGGAUCGCGCUUUGAUGCGAGCAAGUUCAGCUAAACAACGGUUCCCUGUGGCUCGGUGGGUGGAGGAUCUUGAUCACUUGCAAUUACGUUCGAUCCGCAUGCACGAGCAGGAGAAUGACCCUUCUCGCAAGAAACGAUCGAGUAUAUUGCACACUCGGAACUUCAGCCAGGUUUCGUUAUCAUCUGCCCGAACACCUAGUCCAAGUUUUGACGACAUGAAUCCCAUCCCGAGGUCCUCACCGCCGCGUAUUCCAGAUGAGGUCUUGAAUCGCACCCUUUCACUUGGUGUCCGAUCGGGUCCUGGCCAUCGACCGGGAAGAACAGUUCUACAUGAAGGCACGGCUUUGACUCCCAGGCUCGAGGAAAUCGCCGAUCCAGAUGAGCAGCCAAUAACAUCAGCGGAGGCCCAGGCGAUUGUGGAACAAGAGCUGCGUGCCCUUUCAUCAUCUUCAAACGACGACACGGAAGAGUCUCGACGAGGGCGGUCUCUCUCGGGAACUUUGGCGCAACCUCCGACCGCAGCAGGACUCGGUAUAGACAUUGCUCAUUCGGCAUCACGAAGGGGCAGGCUAAGGUCGUCCUCUGUUUUGAGCGUGGACCAAAUCAAAGGUACACGCCAAAGCUUCGCCUUGGAGAACGCAGAUCCCACUUUCAAAGACGAAACCGGAAAGUAUGCACGCUACUUCCAAGGUAUGCUGCAGAGAUUGACCGGCAAGAACUCGGAGAGCGAUCUUUGUAUCGAGGAUUAUAUUGUCAACAGCGAGAAAGAAUGGGCCAAUGAACAACGCCAAAUCAAGCUGGGCCGUAGAUCCAGUCGGAGCCCAUCCCCUUAUGUUGGAUCUCGGAGCUCACCGUCCCUGAGCGACCAUGCGGAUGGCGAUUUUGACGAUGAUGCAUCCAAUUGGGAAGACCUGUCUACGCAGGAGCUCUUGCGGCCUCAAAAAUCCCAGCGACCGCCCAUCAUUCAACGAUGGAUGCUUGCCCGCGUGUUUGAUUGGCCAGUCUACUCGAUCCUUCUCGCCUUGGGCCAAAUCAUGGCCGCCAAUUCUUCCCAGAUCACUCUCCUCACUUCCGGAGCAGGUCAAAGUCCAGUCAUUCUGUACGUGAUGGGAAGUAUAUACAUCGUCACAACUUGUGCAUGGUGGCUUGCAUUCCGACGCGUCCCAUCGGCCUACCUUCUUUCCCUACCUUUCGUCUUAUACGGCAUUGCAUUUUUUGUCAUUGGUAUUGCCGCUUUCGUUCCUGUUGGUACCGGUCAAAAGUGGGCAUAUCAUGUGGCGACUGCCUUAUACAUCAUUGGAUCCUCCAGUGGAUAUCUUUUCUUCUCCCUCAACUUUGGAGAUGAUGGUGGCUCAAAGAUUGAGUCGUGGGUAUAUCGUGCGUGCAUCAUCCAAGGCACACAGAAUCUUUACAUUGCUGCACUCUUUUUCUGGGGCGCUGAGAUGGCUGCAGGAAACGGCAAUGGAAUUGUCGAGUCCGCGGGAACUGCCGCAGCUAUCACAAUGCCAAUUGGAGUUUUUCUGAUUAUCGUGGCAGUGGCACUGUUUACCGGGCUCCCCAGUUAUUACCGUCAAACCCCAGGCAAGAUCCCAGCUUUCUACAAAAGCAUCCUCCGGCGCAGAAUCAUUAUCUGGUUUUCGGUGUCCAUUGUUCUGCAAAAUUAUUUCCUCAGCAUGCCUUACCAGCGAAACUGGAACUAUUUCUGGGGAUCCAAGUAUCUACCACGUUGGGGAGCCUUCCUUCUCGCCGUGGCUUUCUUCAUUGGAGUUUGGUACAUCCUUCUCGCAAUACUCGCCUGGCGAUCCAAAACUCAUUCAUGGAUCGUACCAAUUUUUGCUAUUGGACUAGGUGCUCCACGAUGGGCGCAGAUGCUCUGGAGCACAUCCGGGAUUGGGUGGUGGGUUCCCUGGAUGGUCGGUGGACCACAAGGAUACGCCAUCGGUGCUCGGGCAGUCUGGCUAUGGUUGGGAGUUUUGGACUCGAUCCAAGGGGUAGGAUUCGGUAUGAUCCUAUUACAGACCCUCACCCGUAUUCAUAUCGCCGCGUCGCUUUGCGCAGCACAGCUGAUUGGCACGGUUACAACUUUGGUUGCCCGUGCCACCGCUCCAAAUCGGGAUGGGCCGGGGGAUGUGUUUCCGGAUUUCUCGGCGGGCAUAGUGGAGGGUAUCUCAAAACCAUGGUUCUGGAUCGCCUUGGGCUGCCAGCUGGCAAUUCCCGUUGGCUUCUUCAUGUUCUUCCGCAAGGAACAACUGAAUAAGCCUUGA